AUGGAGGCGGUAUCCGCAUUAAUAGUUUCAAGCUUGGGAAAGAAAAUUAGCGUUCUGUCCAUUUUGUACGCGACCAUUAUUUACUUCCAAGGCGAUGUAACAGACACUGGUCCAGGGAUCAAUGACCAGCCUAUAGACAAGUUACUCAGUAAUUACGAUUUUAUAAUAGUCGGGGGCGGAUCGGCAGGUGCGGUGCUGGCAAAUAGAUUAACUGAAGUCGAAAACUGGAAUGUACUUCUAAUAGAAGCUGGUGGACAUGAAACGGUACUAUCAAACGUGCCUUUGUUGGUUGCCAGCGAGCACCUAUCUGAGAUAAAUUGGAAAUUUAAAACCGAACCUCAGAAUACAGCGUGUUUGGCCAUGAAUAAUAAAAGGUGUAAUUGGCCUCGUGGUAAAGUUCUAGGCGGGUCUAGCGUUUUAAACAAUAUGUUGUAUGCGCGUGGAAACCCAAAUGACUAUGAAAACUGGUUGAAACAAGGUAAUUUAGGUUGGGGGUACAAUGACGUGCUCCACUACUUUAAAAAAUCGGAGGACAACAAAGACUCAUCCUUAGCGCGUACCCAAUACCAUUCGGCUGGUGGCUAUCUAACGGUGUCGGAAGCGCCGUACAAAACUCCAUUAGCUGAAGCGUUCAUCUCGGCUGGACAAGAAAUGGGAUACGGUAUACACGACCUAAAUGGCCAACAUCAAAAUGGUUUUAUGGUACCACAAGGAACCAUCAGAAAUGGUUCAAGGUGCAGUACGGCGAAAGCAUUCUUGAGACCAGCCAGACUGCGAAAAAACUUGCACGUGAUCCUCAACACGACGGUCACACGUAUUAAAAUUGAUCCUAUAACAAACAUAACGUCUGGAGUUGAAAUGGUAAAAAAUAACAUUACGUAUUACGUUAAGGUGCAUAAAGAGGUACUGUUAUCAGCAGGACCUAUUAAUUCUCCACAGCUACUUAUGCUAUCGGGAAUAGGUCCUAAAAAACAUCUUGCAGAAAUGGGUAUACCUAUUAUUUCCGAUUUGAACGUCGGGAAAAAUCUACAAGACCACAUCGGACUUGGUGGUCUGAUGUUUUUGAUUGACAAAGAGGUGUCACUAACGCACAAGAGAAGGGAAAACCUCGAUUUAUUACUCAGCUAUGGGUCGAAGGGUGAAGGGCCACUAACGGUCAUGGGUGGUAUAGAAGGAAUGGCGUUUAUUAAUACAAAAAGCAGCAAUCUAUCAGAAGACAAACCUGACAUCGGAUUGAACAUUAUGUCUGGUUCCUCCGUUUCUGGAAUUGGUGGAAUUAAUACGUGGAAAGCUCACGGACUAAAAGAAAUGUUUUAUCAAUCGAUGUAUAAAUCGAUUCUCGACAAAGACGUUUGGUCUGCUAUACCAAUAUUGAUGAAGCCCAAGAGCCGAGGUGAAAUUCUGUUGCGCAGCACUGACCCGUUCGAAUAUCCUAAGAUCUCACCCAACUACUUGACGGCCAGAGAGGACGUGGACACGCUGGUGAGGGGUAUCAAGUUUGUGUUAGAAAUGGCCCAGACCAAGCCUCUUGUUGAGGUUGGAAGCCAUCUGUAUGACGCACCGUUCCCCAGUUGUCAGACCGUGCCGUGGCACUCGCACGCUUACUGGGAAUGCAUGGUCCGGCACUACACCGUGUCCACAUACCACCCAGUCGGUACAGCUAAGAUGGGUCCCAAGUGGGAUAAGACCGCUGUUGUGGACCCAAUGCUUCAGGUGUACGGCGUCUAUGGACUCCGCGUGGUGGACUCGUCCAUCAUGCCCACGCUGGUCACGGCCAACAGCAACGCGCCGGUGAUCGUAGUCGGAUCAAGGAACCCGGAAAAUAUCAUUUAA